CUUCAAUUCUCAGAACCAAAAUCAACAAACGCAGAAGGAUACCGAGGGCUUCGAACCAAAACGCAGUGAUUUGAUCCUCCCCCGAAUGGCGACUAGUGAGAGCUACUACGCUAGGCCGAACUACCGUUACCUCUCCGGCGACCACCACCACCACCAAACCCUAGCGUCCGAUUUCGAACUCGACGAGUCGGACAUCUACAACUUCGGCCGGUCCAACUCGCCGGAGUACCGCAAACCGAUCCCGAGUUCCCGCGGCGUCUCGGCAGUGAAGAACCGGCGGGGAGAUUCCGGACACCGCUCGGACAUGACCGGCGGCAAGGCGGCGUCGUUGCCGGUCGGCAUUCCGGACUGGUCCAAGAUCUUGAGAGGUGAGUACCGGGAGAACCGGAGGAGCGACGAUGACGAGGCGGACGGCGAUGACGACGUGGAGGGAGGCGUGCGGAUCCCGCCGCACGAGUUCCUGGCGAGGCAGAUGGCGAGAACGAGAAUCGCGUCGUUCUCGGUGCACGAAGGCGUCGGGAGGACGUUGAAAGGGAGGGAUCUCAGUCGGGUCCGAAAUGCAAUUUGGGAAAAAACUGGGUUCGAGGAUUAAUAUUUAUUUUUCAGAAACAGGAAAUACAGAGAGAGGGGGUUGGGGAUGUACGGAAAUUAUUGGUUAGAUUCUUUUUUUUUUUUUUUUUUUUUAAUUUUAUGUAUUUUGUGCUUCUUUUUUUUUUUUUGUAAUUUGUGAGAUCAAGAUGAUCGUUUUUACGAAUGUAAUCCCAAAUUGGAGAAUCGUCCUCCAAUUCUCGGAGGUAUAAAUUUUAAGGUAAAUAUUACUUU